AUGGAACGAUAAGAGCAAGACGUAGAAAUGAAGUCUUACGAGCAACUCGUAGUUGAUUAGCAGAAAAAGACUGGGAAAGUCACCAAGCAAGAUUUCCAAAUGCUCUCAGUCAUUGGAAAAGGCUCUUAUGGGAAAGUUAUACUUGUUAAAAAGAACGAUACUGGGGAAUUGUAUGCAAUGAAGGUUUUAAAAAAGAGUGAAAUCCUUAAAAGAAAUCAGGUUGAGCAUACUAUGACCGAAAGAAGAAUUCUUGGUUCUGUGAAGCACCCAUUUAUAGUAAAAAUGGAUUACGCAUUCACCUCAGAGACUAAGCUCUUCUUUGUCCUAGAAUACUGCCCAGGUGGUGAACUUUUCUUCUAUCUUUCUCAAAUCGGUAGAUUCAAGGAAGAUGCUGCCAGGUUCUAUGCCUCAAACAUUCUUCUUGCACUUGAAAACCUCCACUCAUUACACAUUCUCUACAGAGAUUUGAAACCAGAAAACGUAUUGGUCGGUCGCGAUGGAUAUGUUAAGUUAGCUGAUUUCGGGCUUUCAAAAGAAAAUGUCGAAGGUAACCAUGAAGCUAAGAGUUUAUGUGGCACAGCUGAGUAUCUCUCCCCUGAGAUCCUACUAAGGUAGGGACAUGGUAAGGCUUCUGAUUGGUGGUCGUUUGGAGCCAUGAUUUAUGAAAUGCUAUGUGGGCUUCCACCUUUCUACUCAAAGGAAAGAGAAAAGCUCUACAAAAAUAUUAAGUAUGGAGAACCAAGACUUGACAUGCCAUUCUUAAGUGAAGCUGCUAAGGAUCUUUGCAGAAAACUACUUGAGAAAGACCCUAACAAAAGGCUAGGUAGCGGAGAGAGAGAUGCAUUGGACAUCAAGGAACAUCCUUGGUUCGAAUGCAUCAACUGGCAAGCUAUUGCUGAGAAGAGAGUUCCUCCUCCUUACAAGCCAUAACUUGAUCAAUCUACAGAUACUAAGCAUUUCCCAUAAGAGUUCACAGCCAUGAAGCUUAGUCCAUAGGAUGUUGAAAGUCUAAAAGAUGUCAAUGAUCACGGCUGGGGCGGAUUUAGUUAUGAGAACACUGGCGUAACUAACGAUGCUGAUUAUGAAAUGAAUCAAUCAUGA